GAUUUAUAUUGUUUCAGUUUCCAAACGAAUCGCCAGAGGAAGUAUAUGCUGUGGUGAAUAUCACUGUAAUAGACCUUAACGAUAACAAUCCACUUGUUUUAAACAAAGACCUACAAAUCGAAGCAAUGCGAAAUAAAAGCAGCGUCAUAGGAAAAUUAAAGGUUUAUGAUCCCGACUCUGAUACGAAGUUAACGUACCAAUUAUUGUUCUUUAAACAAUAUUUCCAAAUCACAGGAGAUGGAGAGAUCAAAAUAAUCGCUGACCCAAGCGAGUUAAAAAAGAGUUCCUACCAGUUGAUGAUAAUCGUUGACGACGGUGGUCAUCCGCCCCGUCGGACGCUGGUCAAUGUUACCGUCAAUUUCCCAGCCCUGGUUGUGGCCGAACCCGCCACUGGCAGUAGUCUCAGCAAAACCGACACCCUCCUCAUAGUGUUGGGUGUCUUUUUAACCCUCUUUGUCAUACUUGUCAUACUUUUGAGCGUUUACAUCGCAAGACGAAAUCUAUACAGUACAGACAAUUUGGACAAAACGAAAUCCGACUUGGCAAAAGGUGACCCAAGAGGUAAAGGUUUCAAACAGCAGAAGAUCAGUCAUUCUCAAGCGAACACAAACAUGACAUUGGCUGAUGAACUGGAUACAGUAUCUGGUAGUAACGGCUGCGGUAGCAACAGUGUCCAGGAAAGUCCGUUCGUCGACAGUAGUGUCUAUGACGUUCAGCCCAAAGACGGUUACAAAAGAUUCAAAGGCGGUUCAAGCAUGGAGAGUUUGUACAGCGACAAUGGUGGAUCCAGUUUAGACAGGGACACGCCCAUACAUUCUACAAACACCCCGAUGGGUGGGGUGUCAACUUUCACCACCCCAACCAAGAGACAGCCUCUAAUAAUCACAUAUUAUACAGGUACAGAAUGGCUAUGAUAAAUACCUACGAGAUGAAAGACCGGAAAUCACAGUCUACUUCUAAGAAACACAAAUGGUUACGCAUGCACAGGAAGUGAAGUGACGUCAGAACCAAGAACUACUCUUACUCUAACAACAACAACAAAUAUAUUAAUAAAUACUCACAAUAUCUGUAUGAAAUGAAAAAUAUAUAAAAACAGAGGCAGGUGGAGAAACGAGCGAGAAACACAGAAAUAAAGAAAGAUCAAGCAAAAAAAAAAAACAAAAAAAAACACAAAUUUGAAAGAAAAGUGAAAUAAAGACAGCGUCGUGUAAUUUCAGCAUCAGCGGAUUCUAAGAAUGGUCUAGAACUGCGUAUAUUCAAUAUUUUUGUAUUUAUAAAAAAAAAAAAAGUUCUUAAAAAUAACUUUGAAAAAAAAAUAAUUAAUUUGAAAAAAAUAACAGCUCAGACUAACGAAAAUAUAAAAUAAGAAAAAAAAAACAAAAAGUAUACACAAACACAGUACUGACUAUAAACGUGUACAUGUGUGUAUGACGGCUGUUAUAUAUAUGUGCGUGUGUUGUGUAUGUAAGUUUAUAUGGGGGGUUAUAUAACACAAUCUCCAUACAAAUGUAUGUGUGUGUGUAUUCAUGAGAGUGUGUAUAUAUGCUGUGUAUGCCUCAUAGAAAAUUGGAAUUUCGAUAAAAAAAAGUAGUUUGUUUUUUUUUUAAUUAUUAUAAUAAUAAUAAUAAUAUAAUAAUAACAAUAAUAAUUAUAAUUAUAAUGUAAACAACAACAAUAAUAAUGACUAUUAUCUUGAUAAAUUAUAACAACAACAAUUGCUAAGAUAACUGGAAAAAUAAUGAUGGUGAUGAUGAGAAUGAUGAUCAAUUGAAGGCAAGAGGAGGAGGAGAGAGAGGAGGCAAGAAAAAGAGGUGUUGAUUCUAGGAGAGAAUGAAGAAGAAAAAAUAUCUUUUUAUGGAUCAGGAAAAAAUGUGGGAAAUAAUAACAAUAAUAAUAAUAAAUCAGAGAAGACGGUGGCGUAAGAUUGGAUGGAGGGAAAAAUGAGCAAAUUUGUAAGGAGGAGUUCAGACAAUGAUUAAAAUCACCAAUAUCAAUAUCGAUUUGCAUCGAUCUGAAUAAGUUCUCGGGGACUCAACCGAACCCAAACUGAUUCAGAGACGUUUUCUCAGAUAGGGAAAUUUCUGAGGAUAAAACAGAAGAUAUUCUAUACAGGAUAUGGAAGAUCAACACCAGCUGAUAAGCGGGCGGGAAACAAGGGUGCAUGGAUGUGUCUGCAUAAAUGUAUAGAUAAGAGUAUGCAAAUAAAUUUCUAUGUAUAUA